CGCCGCCCUCAUCCCAAAGCAUUCCCGUGCCAGGCGAGACGGAUCCAAAGGCCGCGGCGCCGGCAGCACUGCGGAGGGGAAUCGGGACAGGGAAGUGUCGGGCACUGGUGAGGCUGUGAGCACCCGUUCCAUCCCUGCUGUGUGCGCCCGCUGUCAGCGGGUCCUGGGCACCACGCAAAGAUGACCACCUCGGCCCUGCGCCGGCAGGUGAAGAACAUCGUGCAUAACUAUUCAGAGGCAGAGAUCAAGGUGCGAGAGGCCACCUCCAAUGACCCCUGGGGACCCCCCAGCUCCCUGAUGUCGGAGAUCGCGGACCUCACCUUCAACACGGUGGCCUUUGCCGAGGUCAUGGGGAUGAUCUGGCGACGGCUGAACGACAGCGGCAAGAACUGGCGGCACGUGUACAAAGCCCUCACCCUGCUGGACUACCUCAUCAAAACCGGCUCCGAGAAGGUGACCCACCAGUGCCGGGAGAACCUUUACACCAUCCAGACGCUGAAGGACUUCCAGUACGUGGAUCGUGACGGCAAGGACCAGGGCAUCAACAUCCGGGAGAAGGUGAAGCAGGUGAUGGCGCUGCUGAAGGACGAGGAGCGGCUGAAGCAGGAGCGGGCGCACGCGCUGCAGACGAAGGAGCGCAUGGCCCUGGAGGGGAUGGGCAGCGGCAGCCAUCAGUCCACCUACGGCCGCCGCGCAUCGCCCUACGGGGACGACUAUGGCCGGACGCGGGGCUCACCCUCCUCCUUCAACUCAUCUUCCUCAUCCCCACGGUUCGCCUCUGACCUGGAGCAAGCGCGUCCCCAGACAACGGGUGAGGAGGAGCUGCAGCUGCAGCUCGCCCUGGCAAUGAGUCGGGAGGAGGCCGAGAAGAAGCCACUUCCUCCAAUUUCCAGUACAGAUGAAGAAAGGCAAUUGCAGCUAGCGCUCGCGCUGAGCAAAGAGGAGCAUGAGAAGGAGGUGAGGGCAUGGCAAGGGGAGAACUCCCUGCUGCAGAGAGCCUUGGAGGAGACUGCCCAAGGUGGGGAGGAAGAGCAGGAAGAGGAUAAGAUGAAGAAAAGCCAGUCCUCUAUCCUGGAGCUGGCAGAUAUAUUCGGGCCAGCACCAGCUCCUUCCAGCCACACGUCUGCUGACCCAUGGGAUAUGCCAGAUAUGAAACCCAAAGCGGAGCCAGCAGCCUGGACUGGCACAGCAGACCCCUGGGUGCCAGUGCUAUCCAGCAGUGGGGAGCCCAUGCCCCAGGCAGGCACUGCAUCCCAGCAAACAGCUGCUGGGCCCUGGGAUUUCCCCCCUGCCUCUGCUGAUCCAUGGGGGAAGGCGGCCGCCUCGUCUGGCUUCACCCCUGCAGACCCUUGGACAGCCACGUCCCCACUGGCCCAGGGCUCCGGCACUAUGCCAGCCACUGACCCCUGGGCUGCUGUGGCUGAGCCUAACCCUAACCCUGCUUCAGGGGGGGAUGCUUUCGACCUGUUUGCAAAGCAACCCGAGGCAGCUGAGCAGCCGGAGAUGGAGCAUUCGCAGCCGCCCUCCUCGGUGAAGUCCAGCAGCCCCGCCGAGCUGGACCCUUUUGGCGACCUGUUCCCCGGCACCAAGCAGGACCCGGCCAAGAGCUUUGACCUCGCGAACCUGGCCGACUCGCUGCCCGAAUCCUGCAAGGAGCGGAAGGACUGUAAAACCCCCGAGGCUUUCCUCGGCCCCGCCGCCUCCUCGCUGGUCAACCUGGACUCGCUGGUGGCACCGCCGCAGGCCGCCAAGACGCGCAACCCCUUCCUGUCGGGUCUCAGCACGCCGUCCCCCACCAACCCCUUCAGCCUGGCCGAGCAGCCCAAGCCCACGCUCAACCAGAUGCGGACCGGCUCCCCGGUGCCCGGCCUGCCCGCCGCCCUGCCCGCCAACGCCAUGACCUACAGCGCGUCUCUGCCGCUGCCGCUCAGCAGCGUCCCCGCCGCCCUGCCCGCCUCUGCCAGUGCCUUCCCGCAGGCGGGGGCCGGGCCGUUCCCCGAGCUGCCCGGCGCUUUGCCGCAGCCUCUGCUGCCGCUGAGCGGCCCCCCGGCCCCCCAGGGAGGGCUCAACCCCUUCCUCUGAGGGCUGCGGGCCGGCA